ACCUGCCAAUCCCGUGCCAGCUGGAAUUCGGCAAUUCUUGACGGAGCGGCUCCUAACGCUCACCAUGCCUCGUCUCGCGCCACGUCACCAAUGCCUGACGAGACCAAAUCACCAACGACCGCGGAGACUAGCAUAAUGUCUUGCUUUCGUUGGCCCGGCUUGACGACGGAUUCGGAUUCGAGUUAUACUAGGGCACCCGGGCGCCGCUUUCGCGACGACAUGGCGGCAGCAUGGCUGGCGCGACCAAGGCGUCAAGAUGGGGGCCACACGGCAGAGACCGAGCCUGAUUCCGAACGCCGUACUAGUUCUAGGAAUCGGGAAUGGCGGAGGAAGGAGGACGACGCGGAAGAGACGCGGGAGGUGGCGAGGGCGGAGCAGCGGGCGUCGGCGAGGGCGGAGCAGCAAGUGGCGGCGAGGGCCAUUCGCGUGACCCCGAGUCGGACCCGGAGGCGUGCGAGCGGCCGUUCGAGCAGCCGCAGUCGUGGCGGCACCGGUGGCGCGGCAAGGGCGAGUGGAACUCGGGGCUGAAGGACUUCCUCCGGGAUCCCCGCGCCGCCGUGCUCGGGUGCUGCCUGCCGUGCUACCUCUUCGCGCAGACGGCAAGGAAGAUCACCGACGGCCGCUUGCAGUUCUCGAGGGCGUUCGCCACCUACUGCCUUGUAGGAGGGUGCUGGGGCGCACCCCUUUCCUUGAUUCUAGGCCCCUUGGCCUACUGGCUGACGUGUGUCCCGUGCUACGCGUCCACCAUGCGACGACAGCUGCGCCACAAGAAGGGGCUCCGGGAACGACCCAUGGACGACUUUGCCGCCCAUUGCUGCUGCCACCCGUGCGCGCUUUGUCAGGAGUACCGGGAGAGCCGCGAGUUUGACUUGGAGCUGGUGGCGGGGCCAACGCACCCCACAGUGGACAGACUACCGGAGGAAACAGCCAGGCACCUGGCGCACCUGCAGCAGACGCAGCAGAUGGAGAGGUGACUCUAGGGAGAGGCUGUUUUAGAUGUACUUCGAGAUUUUUAGGAGUUGGGCAAACAGAGCAGAUUAGAGAGCAUGUGCUGCACACUUGGCUAGCAGUCAGUCGGUUCUUUCUGCUGCAAGCAGAGUGGGCCUUCGUAUGGCUGGGUUUGGUUGGUUUGAAUGGUGAUGUUUCACUGCACGCUGCUGUUUGUCG